AUGUACUCAAAACUGAAUUUCCUCCAAGGCAAUUCGACUACUUCAGUUCGAUCGGCCUCUCAUUUCCUCAUAGACCUCCGAGGUCGGAGGAUUCAACCGGACGAAAUCAUGGUCUCCUUCGAUGUGACGUCGUUAUUCACAUCCAUCCCACCAAACGUCGCCCGCGAAGUCUUGCGCAAGAGACUUGGAGAGGCGUACGAUGAGACUCAGAAUGUCCUCAAAAUUGAAAACCUCAUGAGGCUGUUUGAAUUCUGCCAACAAAAUUUCUUCCCUUUUGCGGGAGAGACCUAUGAACAAAUCAAGGGGACCCCAAUGGGCUCACCGGUCUCCGGUUUAGUGGCAGAACUGGCCUUACAGGAGUUAGAAAAUAUUGCUUUCAUUCAACAUGGACCGGUGUUUUGGCGACGUUACGUUGACGACACGUUCGUCAUCGUAAAGAAGGACAUGCUGCAACAUUUCCACAGUCUGUUCAACGUAGUCUUCCCUGAUAUAAAAUUCACGAGCGAAAAAGAACAGGAACAGCAGCUGCCCUUCAUGGAUGUGCUUGUCAGACGAAACCUUAACGGUGAACUUGAAACGACGGUUUAUAGGAAGGCAACGAACACCACACAGCUUCUCGAUUUUCAUAGCAACCAUCCGGUGGCUCAAACGAAGCUGUGUGAAGACGCUCUUCAAACGGAUCCAAACUCAUUGCAGCAAACCGAAGGACAGAGCACGUGA